AUGGUUCUCGCGACGAGGCUGGCGAAGGGCUUUAUUGUUUCUCUUCGUCUCAAGCAGGAAUUGCUGCGAAGGUCUGGAUUUUAGAGCAGGAAAACUAGUGUAGUGUUUAUAAUGGCUGGAGGAAAAGCGGGAAAAGAUAGUGGGAAAGCCAAGGCAAAGGCUGUGUCUCGUUCACAGAGAGCCGGCCUGCAGUUCCCUGUGGGCCGUAUCCACAGACACUUGAAGACUCGUACAACAAGCCAUGGAAGAGUAGGGGCUACAGCAGCUGUGUACAGUGCAGCCAUUCUGGAGUAUCUCACUGCUGAGGUGCUGGAGUUGGCAGGCAAUGCCUCUAAAGACCUCAAGGUGAAACGUAUUACCCCUCGUCAUUUACAGCUGGCCAUUCGCGGAGAUGAGGAGUUGGACUCGCUCAUCAAGGCCACGAUUGCUGGCGGAGGUGUCAUCCCUCACAUCCACAAGUCUCUGAUUGGAAAGAAGGGCCAGCAGAAGACUGCAUAGAGAUGGAGUUAGCAGAGUUGUGUGUCAUCAAGAAGAAAUGGGCAGGUGGAUAACUGACUCUGCCAGGGUUCCUUUUUCUUUUUUUAGCAUAAGUGUUAAGAUUUUACGUUGUAAUGUUUCAAAACUUAGACAUGCAAAAAUAACUUUUUAUUAUUUUAGACUGAUGGAUUGGGGGGGCUUGAAUCUACUGUGACAGCAGUUUGUUCAAUUGGCUAAUGUGCAUGAAGUGUUUUAUACUGAGAAAUGGAGUUGUUAAACCAUUUUUAAAAAAAACAAAGUUUGUGUUCGUUGUACUUGCAGUACUGUUCGUAAUUUUCGGUGUAUUGAUGGAAUAAUAUCCAUUGACUUGUCAUGACUUACAGGAUCUUGUAUUAUUUCUUGUAGAUUUUUCAAGGCAGUACAGUGCUGCAAUAAGAAACUGAGCUCACUCUUAA